AUGAGAUUUUCUUAUACUGAUCCUAAAGAGCCAACACCUAUAUUAGAACUUGCAAUUCCAUACAUAAGAAAAUCAGGUGCGCUGAGGCGGCCUUCAGCGCGCGCGCCCCGGGCCGGACGGCGCAGGCGCGGCGGGGAGGCUCGGAGGAGGGAGAGGGAGAGGAGCCGCCUCCGGGCCUCCUCACCCCCCACCAUGGAUUUCCACCAGGAGUGUCCCCUCAAGGUCCGCCACCGCUGCGGGUCACUGUGUGACCAGCGUCGUGCCAUAGACAACGCUCAGGCCAGGUUCGUCCAUUCCAGCGGGCACCAAUGUGGCAUCCUGACACCUAGGAUCCUGCCAGCUUUGGCUUCUCCUGUCUGCUGUCAUCAUCAGUCGGAUGAGAAUUUGGAGAGUGCCAGCUACCGGCUCAAAACCACCAUCCUGGCGGAGAAUGAGGUGGAAGCCAACAAGCUCUCCAAUAACUACAAGUUCGGCUUCAAGAAAUGGAAGAGCCACGUGACCGCCCGGCCCUGGGAGGACCGCUCAGAGAUCACGAAGGAGCUCUACUCAGACCUGUGUGUUGUCCAGAGCCCAUUGGGCUCCACGGUGACCUGUGGGAAUGUUUUCUACCUGCUGCUGUUCGGCUGGUGGGUCUCCUUGGUCUACCUCCUGGUGUCUGUGGUGAUGUUCCUCUCUGUUCUGGGAGCUCCUUAUGGGAAGCUGAGCUGGAGCCUGGCUGGGUAUUUCCUGUGGCCAUUUGGGAAAGUGAUCCAGAAGCCUGCUGGAUCCAGGUCUCUUUUCUCUUCCUCCCUGACGGUUUCCUUACCUGUGGCCUGGAGCGAAUGGUUCCCCUCCUCUCCCGGGGCAGUUGGGGGAGUUGUCUGGGACCAAGUCUCACUCUCCCCCAGGACCAUCAGGAAGUUGGGAAAGGCUGAAGUCUUCCCUGAAUUGAAUGCUGUCAAGGAAACGAGUCCUCUCCUCUGCCACUCCAACCCGAGCAGAGAGCCUGCAGAGGGCUGCACCUCAAACCUUCCUGCCAGCCACUGGCACCGGCUCAGCACCUACAUCUGGCUCUUCCUGGGAUUCCCCAUCCUGGUGGUGACCCACGGCCUGGUCUGCUGCUGCUCCUGGCUCCUGGUGAUCAUCAUCCCCAUUGCCAAGAUGAGUGUGAGGACGGUGACCAGAGUCCUGCUUGAGGCCCCGGAGCGGGUACACGUGCAACAUGCCGAGGAGUACUGCCAGCCUCCACCGGUAAUGCCCUCAGCCCUUCACCUGGACGUGCUGCCCCAUGCCCACCUCUCCACCCAGCAGGAGCAGGGACCGUCACCUAAGCUGCUUUCACCCCCCUGCCAGGGUCAGCCAGCAGCUGCCAGUUUUCAGAAGGUGCUGGGGAGAGUUGGGGGUCUCGGGGCAGCUGCCCAAAAAGCCCAGUUAGGCCAUUCCGUUUUGGAUAACCAGUCCAGGCCUCCGCUUUCUGGGAGGCGAGUGGAAAAAUCAACUGGGUUUGUAUGGUGGAUGGCAGGCUGGGCUGAAGGAGAAAUGAGGUCUCUUAUGCCAGUUAAGUUUACUACUGAGCAACUCCUGCCUUUGGCUCCUGUCGCCUCGAGGGCUGGGGCGAGGUCCCCUGAACAAACCCCACCGCCCCAACCCCCUUUCCUCUCCCUGUUCCAUCAGACAGAGAUCUCUCCAGAAGGAGACGUCCUCUUGUGCUGUCACCAGGCCGCCAACGUCUAUUACUACAAGUACUCGGUGGAUGGCAUCAAUGUCUUUGCCGUCAACCUGUUGCCUCUGGUCAUCGUGACGCUGGUCUUGGGCUACAUGGACAGCCAGAACCAGUACACCAGCUCCCCAGUCAAGUUCACCCUCUCUCUGCUCUCCAUCGUGCCUCUCUCCUACUACAUCGGCAUGGCCAUCGCCAGCAUUUCUGCCCAGAGCACCUUUGCAGUGGGCGCCGUGGUGAAUGCCACAUUUGGCUCCGUCGUCGAGCUCACCUUCUACGUCACGGCGCUCAUCAAGGGGGCUCGUGAGGGGAACGGGUGCUACGAGGAGGUGGUGAAGGCGGCACUGACGGGCACCAUGCUGGGCUGCACCCUCCUGGUCCCGGGCUUGUGUAUGGUGAUAGGUGGGAUCCGCCACCCGGAGCAGCGCUUCAACAGCCGCUCGGCGGGCGUCAGCUCCGCGCUGCUCUUCCUGUCCGUGGGAGGUGUGUUCGCCCCAACCCUCUUCUCCAAAGUCUACGGGCGGCUGAUCUGUGACGAGUGCCACAACGUCACCCGGAACCCCCCAGGGCACUACCUGUGCCAGACUUGCCACUUGGACUUGAUGGGGAACAAUGGCACGCUGUACUACAGCCAUGUCCAGCCGUUGGUGUACACAGUGUCCCUGCUGCUCCCUUUCGCCUACCUCAUUGGCCUCCUCUUCACCCUGAAGACACACUCCCACAUCUACGACAUUCACGUCAGCGAUUUGCCCGGGCACCACCGUGACGCCGUGGUCCACUGGCCCCGCUGGCGGGCACUACUGCUGCUGCUCCUGUCCACCCUGUGCAUGUCCGCCUGCGCUGACCUGGCCACUGAGCACAUCAGCCCCAUUCUGGGGAGCUCCACCGUGUCCCAGUAUUUUAUAGGGGUGUCAGUGCUGGCCAUGGUGCCCGAGCUCCCCGAGAUCGUGAACGGCAUCCAGUUUGCCCUGCAGAACAACCUCAGCCUCAGCAUCGAGAUUGGCAACUGCAUUGCAGUGCAGGUGUGUAUGCUGCAGAUCCCCAUCUUGGUGCUCUUCUCCAUCUUCUACCCGACGGGGUUCAAGCUCCUCUUCAGUGACCUCCACGUCUACGCCAGCAUGUUCAGCGUCGUUCUCAUGAACUACAUCUUCAUGGAUGGCAAAUGUGACUACUUCCAAGGCACUGUGCUGGUCAUGGUUUACCUCAUCCUUCUGGCUGUGUAUUUCUUUGCCCCUUCUCCAGCUGGCUGCUGACCUCUGCCUCUGCUGGAUUGGAGAGAGGAGAAGAAGAAAAUUGUCCCUUUUUUGCCUCAGGGGGAGAGAGAAACGGAAAGAAGAGAAAGUGUGUGGUGUGAGGCUGGUCAUAGGCCCAUCUGGUUCUGAAUCCUAUAGGCUGCAGCGGGAAGCUCAAUAUGUCUAAUCUGGGUCUCUUUCUCCCCCCACCCCACCCCGCCC